AUGUCACUUACUACUCCGCUGCCGACUGUGUCAGAGACGCCUACGCCAACACCCACGCCGACGCCUGUUACACCCGUGCUCGGCGGGUUUGCCCCUCUGCAUGGUCACGACGAGGACGAUGUGUCGUGGGCCACGGGCUUUAACACGCGCCAACGCUCCAUUGCAAAACUUGCUUCGAUUAACACGCGCGCAAAUGCUGACAAUCUGCUUCCGCUCCUUAGUCCCGUUGCGCAGAGCGUCCAGGCGUCGCCCGAACGGGCUUACUUCCCCGCGGGGCCCAAGUCCCUCGAGGGCAUUGCGAUUCGCUCCUUUUGCCUCGGGAUAGCGCUCGCCUUGUCCACAGUCGCUAUGAUUUCGAUCUUGGUCUUUACAUCCUCGCCGCUGUGGCGCGUGCCUUUCUUUAUCGGCGCGCUGGCGACGUUCCAUUUCCUCGAGUUCUGGACCACCGCCAGGUACAAUACUCCGGUUGCGAAUAUCGGCUCGUUCUUGUUAACGGCGAAUUGGCCGGCUUAUGCUAUUGCGCAUACGGCGGCGUCGCUUGAAUGUCUCUUUACUAAGCUACUGUUCCCGAAUCGAAAUUGGGCACCGCUCUAUAGUGGACAUAUCAUCUUGCUGUUAGGAUUCAUACUGGUGUUUGUGGGACAGUUCGCCCGCAGCGCGGCGAUGGGCCAGGCGGGCCAGUCGUUUAAUCAUACUAUUCAACAGCGCAAGAAGGACUCUCAUACCCUUGUUACCUCGGGUAUUUACUCAUUUUUACGCCAUCCGGCGUACUUUGGGUUUUUCUACUGGAGCAUAGGGACGCAAAUGGUUCUGGGAAACCCUAUUUGCUUUAUAGGCUACACGGUUGUUCUAUGGAAGUUCUUUUCUAGUAGAGUAAAGCAUGAAGAGGCACUGCUCGUUCGUUUCUUUGGAGAGGAAUAUAUAAAUUAUAAGAGCAGAGUUGGAACCAUGAUACCAUUUGUCGGGACCUGA